GUCCGUCUUGUCAACUCCAUUCUUCGAACGCGUCUCAUCCACACAAUGGCUCCCACUCUUCCUCCCGAUCGUCGCCCCGUCGUUAUCUCUGGCCCCUCUGGCGUCGGCAAGGGCACCCUCUUCAAGCUCCUCUUCGAGAGACACCCCGACACUUUUACUCUUUCCGUGUCGCAUACCACCCGCGGCCCUAGACCCGGCGAGAAGGAUGGCGUCGACUACCACUAUGUCACCAAGGAAGCUUUCGAAGAGCUGAAGGCCAAGGGCGGUUUCGUCGAGAGUGCGCAAUUCGGCAGCAACUUCUACGGAACCAGCAAGGCCACCAUCGAGGAGCAGUCCGCCAAGGGCAAGGUUGUCGUUCUCGACAUCGAGAUGGAGGGUGUCAAGCAGAUCCAGGCCUCUGGCUUCCCCGCCCGCUACGUCUUCAUCGCUCCCCCAUCAGAGGAGGAGCUCGAAAAGAGACUCCGCGGCCGCGGUACUGAUAAGGAGGAGGAUAUUAUCAAGAGACUGGCUCAGGCCAAGAACGAGCUCGCUUUCAGCAAGACCGGUGUCCAUGACAAGAUCAUCGUCAACGAGGAUCUCGAGACGGCCUACAAGGAGCUCGAGGAGUUCGUCUAUGCGCCGGUCGCCUGAAUUUGGGGUUGAAAAUAAUGUUUUGAAUAGACAGACUAUACCCUGAUCAACCGCCCUGUCCUCAGAAUUGUGUUGACUGUCUCGAUGCCAGAACUGGACCAUCUUCCGC